GCCUUGUAUGGUUGUUCUCGAGCAAGUGAGGAAGAAGGUUCGUAGCCCCGGCUUUGUCUACUCCCAAAAUCCGACAUGUUUUAUUGGAGGCCGUGUCUUCUCUUUAUCUGAUUGUUAAACUCAAACAGCCAAAUAUUGGUAUUUUGAAUGAUGAAGGAGAGCUUGUCAUUGGAACAACCUGUUCGUUUUGUCCAUUGCGGAUGGGAUGGUUGAUGUUAAGGACGCCUUCUUCUAUCUUUUAUUUCAUGAUUAUAGUGAUGGGGGUGGAGUGGAAUAUUAUCUGCUGGAGAUUCAGUAUGAAUAUGAAUUUCACUAUUAUGAGCUUCUAUUUGAAGUUGUAUUCAUGGGAGACAAUUGACACCCUUGCCAUUUUUGGGGUCCUCAAUUUUUGUAAAAGAAAUUGCUAGGAAAUGAAUUUGGAUGAAGUUGAUCAUGGGGAACUGUUGAUUUUUCUGAGAUGAGCUUGUUGCCAAACAUAUAUAAGUUAUGGCGCUGAAUUGUGGUUGACUUUACCCUUGUUGCCGAUGGUUUGCUUGUUGGACUCAUACGUGCAAAGUGGCUGCAUAAAGCAAUAUAUGUAAAGGUUGAUUCAACAUCUGCUGAACCUCAUGUUAUAAAGAUGUCUGGGUUCAAUUCAUCUGCGGCACCUAAUGGUGGCCAAAGGCUUUCCAUGCUUGCUGCCAAAUCUGGAUUUGUCAUUCCAAAAAACAAAUUAUCUGGUUCAUUAGUUCCAAUCUUCAAGGGGGCCAAGAAUCACGGGGCCACUGGAACUACCAAAGAAGAAAGUUCUAAACAAAUUCAUAGGAAAACAAAAUGGGGACCUGAUCUGACACAGGAUGCUGCUGUUAGAAGAGGGAGAACUUUAGCUUUAAAGAUUCGUGUGGAUCAAAUUUCACAUCAGUUAAAAUCACAGAAGUCAGAGGUUGAAGAUACUGAAGGCUCAUCAUUAGGAGCUGAAGAUCUAGUUCAUAGCUACCCCAAUACUGAAAUUGAUGACAAGCUAUAUAAGAAGUCAGAAAUGCUUGAGCAUGAAAAGCGGGAAGCAAUAGGUGAAAUACUAAGAUUAGAUCCAAGUUACAAGCCUCCACUCGAUUUUAAACCAUUACUGAAAGAAGCCAGUGUCCCGCUGCCUGUAAAAGAAUAUCCUGGAUUCAAUUUUAUCAGCCUAAUAUAUGGGCCUGAAGGUGAUAAUCAUAAGCGGGUAGAAAAGGAAACUGGGGCCAAGAUUGAAGUUCAUGGGAUCAAAGCAGGAGAGAAGGCUGAAAUUAAACCAGGAAACGAUGUGCACGACACUUAUGAAGAGAUGCAUGUUAUUGUAUCAGCUGAUAGUUUUGAAAAAGUGGAUGCAGCAGUGUCCAUCAUUGAACUGCUAAUCACCUCUGUUACUGGGAAUUUAGCUACUGCUUCUGCAACCGCAAUGUCAGUUUCUGUGGACAACACCAAUGUUCCUGGUGAAAACGUGAACCAUGCCCCUUCUCAUCUCGUUUCUGUAUCAAUGGAAAACCAGGCCAUGGCGGUGGCACAACCAGUAGCUGGAGUUGCACAAACGCUUGGAGCUCAUUUUCAACACUCCGGUCCAUGGUCUUCAGCCAUUUCAUCUCAAAACCCAGCGUUUGCUCCUUCUGGUAACGUAGCUUCUCCAAAUCCUUCAGGCCUUCCAAGGCCCCUCCAUUUCCCAUCGCAAUCAAUGAAUUCUUCAAUCGUCACCUCAAAUUUUGCUGCUCAACAUGCAACUGUCACUGGAUUCAACUCAGUUAUUCCAAAUCGACCUCUUGUGCAAUCACAACCAGCAAGAGAACAUCUCCAGCAUUCACAUAUGACCCAGACAAGUCCUGUGGGACUCACUGGUCCGCCAAGAAAUCCUUCUGUGGUAUCUAGGCAGACUUCCUCGGUUCCAACAAAUGUUUCAGCUUCGUUUCCCUUAAAUCGAAGCCAACCAGCACCAGUAGGACAUCAGACAUCAGUGCCUUUGAUGCUUCCACCUAUGUCUGGUAUUUUGCCUGCACCGGUACCUGACCGGUCACUGACAUCUGUUGGUGCCCCUUCUGGACUAGCUGGAGUGUCUCCUCGUCCUGGCAAUAUGGGGCAAGUGGUUCCUCCUCAUAGACCGGUUUCUCUACAUGUACAACCUGAUGUUGCAUUUAAGCCACCAGUAUCAAGCACAUCACAUUCUACCACUUUUCCACCCCAUCAUGCAGGGACUCCCGUUGGAUUGCCCUCUUCUCUGGGACCAAUGCAGCCACUAGGGCCAACUUAUUCAUCAAUACAUCAUUUAUCGGGAUCCAGUUUAUUCCCUUCGCCUAGAGUACCUACUUCACUUCCGUUAUCUCAGCAGUCUGGAAUCCCUAGCCCUGCUUCUGGAGUCACUUAUCAUAACCCCGGAAAUCCGCCACCUUUGUCGGGUCCAAAUUCUGGAAAUUUUACUUUCCGACCACAGCGGCCGAAUGCAGACUUUCAAGUGGUUUCCAGACCAAACACUGCUACCCAGGGUGGUGGAAGAGAGCUAUCCUCUGGUCCUCGGCCACCAUCUUUUGGGUUUGCUGUUCCUAAUCAACCCGUCAAUCAAAUCUUUCCAAGAACACAAAUGCACAACCAGGUGGAUCAAACUAAAAAUGUUCCAUAUGUGGGUCCCUUUGGAGGUGGACCCGGUUCCCUCCCAAUCCCAUCCAGACCCACUGCAUUACCAUUUGCCAGUCAACCUGAUCCUAGGUCUGCAGCCCCACAAAUGGCCAUGAGGAAUUUUUUUCCUUCCCCUCAAAUGGCAAAUUUUCCCAGUCCUGGACCUCCAAGGGCCGGAAACAUGCAGAUUCGACAGAAUCAUCCUGCUCAGAGGUGGCCAGAAAUCCCCUUGCCUCCAAAUCAGAGGUUCGGCAACAAUCAUUUGGCGACUUCUGGUAGACCACUGCAUCCUUCUGACCAGAUUUAUGAUCCUUUUUCACCCACUUCUGUCGCAGCUCCACAGCAAAAAAGUGAUCCUGCUAAGUGAGAAAAAUGAACAGUGCGGACCUUAAGUUUUUAUUAGGGUUUAGAUGUCAGGAUACUGAUCUCAGUUUCAAUACUAUAAAAUAUGGGCAACAGGACAUGCUUUUUGUAGUCUAGUAACUAGUAGUCGAAGUGCUUAGUUGAUAUGAUAAUGGGAUAUCGUUUCAUUACUGCUUGUAUUCCUUGUCGAUGUUCAUUUCGUAGAGAGAAUGACACAUAAGGACGGCUGAAAUAGGCAAAUAGACAAAAUAGUCCUUCCAAAUGGCCUAAGACCAAUAAAAUCUUUAGGAGUUAAAUGGAAUUAAAA